CCUACCUCUUUUUUUAAUUCACUUUUGUGAAAAAAAUAGCUCUCUCCGCUACUGCUGCUACUGCAUCCGUCGCUCUAGAUUUUACUUUCUAGAGCUUCUCGCCUUCUCGCCUCGAUCCCAGCUUCGGUGCCUUGUCUCCACAAAGGCACUCCGUCGUCCACCCAUCACGGCUCCCCAGGCCGUGACUGACAAAGAUUUCUGCGCUCGCAAGAUCCCUCACAUCAUCAACGUCAUCCCUCCUCCCGCCGCUUGGUCCGUCUAAGCAGCUCGUCGCCUUCUUGCUCUUCGACGUGCCUCGUCACCAGCCGCCCACGCCGUCGUUAAACGACCCCCGCCAGCUGCCGCAUAGGAGGAGUUCUGCGGUUCUUCCUCUCGCCGAGGAAGAGUCGUCGAGGAGGCCUCGCCCGAUCACUGAGGGAACAGUCUGCUAUCGCUUUCGACCACCCUAAGAUCCAUUUCGCUAUUUAGCUGCAGAAUUUCCCUAGUCUUUCUUACAAGACUAUCUUCAGAUUUUCUUCUUCGGAAUACGAAUACUCUGAUUUUCAACAUCCCUCACCCCCCAACUUUUCAGGGAUAUGGUUAUGGCAACAGCCGUCCUCGACAAUUACGUCCAGAAUGUCAUCCAUAAUCAUGUUGUAAAGAAGAAACCCCAGUAUCUGGGUGCUCUUCAGAACAAUGUUGCUCUCGAUCCGAAGCAAUUGAUCGGCGAGGCCUUCCGCCAACGCGUGGGCGCCGUCAACCAUGAGCUCUGCGACCCCGGCGAGGAAGACACCUUCUUUGUCGCAGACCUUGGUGAGGUUUACCGCCAGCACCUCCGCUGGAAGAGGAACCUCCCCCGCAUCAAGCCAUUCUAUGCCGUCAAGUGUAACCCUGACCCCAAGGUGCUCCAGCUCCUUGCGGCCCUCGGCACUGGCUUUGAUUGCGCCUCCAAGGGAGAGAUUGAACAGGUCCUUGGCCUUGGUGCCAGCCCCGACCACAUCAUCUAUGCCCAACCCUGCAAGACCAACUCCUACGUCCGCUAUGUCAAGUCUGUUGGUGUCAAGCAGAUGACCUUUGACAAUGCUGAUGAGCUCCACAAGAUCGCCAAGCUGUUCCCCGGCGCCGAGCUCUUCCUCCGCAUCAUGACGGACGACACGUCGAGCUUGUGUCGCCUCAGCAUGAAGUUUGGUGCUCCCAUGGACACCACCGAGGGCCUCCUCGCCCUGGCCAAGGAGCUUGGCCUCAACGUCGUCGGCGUGAGCUUCCAUGUGGGAUCUGGCGCCUCUGACCCUUCUGCCUUCCGCAAGGCCGUCGUCGACGCCCACACCGUCUUCCAGCAGGCUCGUGCCUACGAUUUCCACUUGAAGGUCCUCGACGUCGGCGGAGGCUUCUCUGGAGACACCUUUGAGACCAUGGCUGCGGUCCUCGACAAUGCCCUGACCGAGUACUUCCCCGCUGGAUGCGGCGUUGACAUCAUUGCCGAGCCUGGCCGCUUCUACGUUGCUACAGCCUUCACUAUUGCUUGCAACAUCAUCGCUCGUCGCACCGUCGAUGACCCCGCGGCCCAAGCCACCAGCUACAUGGCUUACAUCAACGACGGUGUCUACGGCAACUUCUCGAGCAUCAUGUUCGAUCACCAGCACCCCGUUGCCAAGAUCCUCCACUCCAGUGGCCAGACCCUCUACAACUCCUACGCCGCCGAACAGUGCUCGGUCGGAAAUGGUAUCGAGUAUUCGAUCUGGGGUCCCACUUGUGAUGGCAUCGAUCUCAUCAGCCAGAGCGCCUUCUUCCCGUGCACCCUCAAUGUUGGAGACUGGCUCUACUUUGAGGACAUGGGUGCCUACACCAAGUGCUCUGCCACUCAGUUCAACGGAUUCCCCAACUCGCACGACACCAUCUACGUUUGCAGCGAGCCUGGUGCAAAGGCCCUCAUGGACCUCUAAGCAUGUGACUGUAGCAUAUAUUUGCCAUAUCAUGGAAAACAAAAGGAGCGAAGCAAUUUUUGGGAGGGAGUGGUUUUUAAACAUUCUAGCCAAUUGGUCAUGAUGGCCUUUGUCAGGGUUUCCGUCAAAAGAAGGAGGCUUGUAAAAAGGCUGCCUAAUAGUACCAGGCACUUUUGCCACUUUUAUGUGGAUUUACUACAAAUUUUUUAUGAUGGAAAAAAUUAGGGGAGAUAAGAGUCCCGAGUUAGAUAGACAGAUACAACACAACACGAGAUGCAAUAAUACAACAUUAGCAUCUUUACAUCAUACAUAUCUG